AUGAGUGCGGCGGCUCGCGUGCUGCUGGCGACGCUGCUGGCGACGGCGGCCCUCGCCUCGCACGCCGACCGCGCCCACCCCGCCAACAUCAGCUCCUCUCUGACCGACCCCACGACUCAUCUGUUCUAUGAUGACUUGCUGCCUUCUCAUAUACUCAGAAGUAAAAGAAACGCACACACCCUCAUUGCCACUUUCGAUAUUUCAAAGAUCUUCAAGAGAAAGAAGCUGCAGAGCAAGCAAGGAGACUCGCCAAACCCUACUCCCUCCUCCCUCCUCUCCGACAACCUGUCCGCCAGUAUGUUCGCUGAGCUGCUGGCCACGAGCCUCGCCAAUGUGUCUCUGGUCGUCGACACCACUCCACUCGCUGAUCCGAUAGAGCUCACCACUUCGCUCAUCUCAAACAGUACUAUCUCUACGAAUAGAGUCUCUACACCCUUCACACAAAUUUCGAAUCCGAAAAAUUCCUUAAAACUUAAAAGUAAAAGUGAAUCGAAGGGUGUCGACGCUAGCGUGUCGUCACGAGUUGGAGUCAAGAAGAAGGUGUGGGAGAACGAGACGGUGUGGCCCGUGAAGCACGCUGCCGUUGUCGACGGAGACAUCAUCCUCGGCGGACUCAUGAUGGUGCACAGUCGGUCGGAGGUGGCGACGUGCGGGCCGGUGAUGGCGCAGGGCGGCGUGCAGGCGCUCGAGGCGAUGCUGUUCGCGCUGGACGCGGCGCGGGCCCUCGCCCCGCCCGCCGUCAGCCUCGGCGCACACGUCCUAGACGACUGCGACAACGACACCUAUGGAUUAGAAAUGGCGCUCGACUUCAUCAAAGGUUCCAUCAGCAACAUCGACGACGCGGAGUACGCUUGCAACGCGAGUGCCGUGCGGAAGGUCAUCUCCGGAGUGGUGGGCGCGGCUUCCAGUGUCACGUCCGUGCAAGUCGCUAACCUGUUGCGACUGUUCAAGAUACCGCAGGUGUCAUUUUUUUCGACUUCUCCAGAGCUUUCGAACAAAGCUCGAUUUGAAUACUUUACUAGAACUAUUCCAUCUGACCUUCACCAAGUGCGGGCUAUGGUAGAGAUAGUCAAGAAAUUGGGCUGGCGCUAUGUUUCUAUCAUUUACGAAGAAUCCAACUACGGCAUUAAGGCUUUUGAAGAACUGGAAACUUUACUGGCACGCAAUGAGAUCUGUAUCGCGGUGAAGGAGAGGCUGGUAAAAGAUUCGGGGGAGGCGGACGAGCGAGCUUACGACAACAUCGUGGCGCGUCUGCUGUCGCGACCGCGGGCCCGAGGAGUGAUCGUGUUCGGUUCGGAUCAAGAAGUGGCAGGCGUGAUGGCGGCGGUGGCGCGCGCGGGGGCCACCGGAGCCUUCAGCUGGGUCGGCUCGGACGGCUGGAGCGCUCGGGCGCUGGUCUCGGACGGAAACGAGGAGGCCGUCGAGGGAACUAUCAGCGUCCAGCCCCAGGCUAACCCUGUGCGCGGCUUCAAGGAGUACUUCCUCAACCUCACCGUAGAGAACAACCCGAGGAACCCCUGGUUCGUAGAGUUCUGGGAGGAUCAGUUCCGGUGUCGAUACCCGGGUAGCGCCCGCACGCCCUACAACGCUCAGUACUCGCGGCUGUGCUCGGGGCGGGAGCGACUCUCCGCAGGGAACAUAGAGUUCGAGGCUCAGCUACAGUUCGUCACCGACGCCGUGCUUGCGUUCGCGCACGCCAUUAGAGACAUGCACGCGGACCUGUGCGGAGGAGAGCCGGGACUGUGCGAGGCGAUGCGACCCGCCAGCGGACCGACGCUGUUGCGCUAUCUGCGACAAGUUCGCUUCACAGGUCUGAGCGGGGAUGAGUUCCACUUCGACAGCAACGGCGAUGGCCCCGCGCGAUACAACAUCCUGCACUUCAAGCAGCUGUCGCCCGGGGUCUACCGCUGGCUGAAGGUUGGCCGCUACCUCGACGGAGAGCUCGAACUGGACAUCGACGAUAUCCAGUUCAAGUGGGAAUCAGCCCGACCCCCGGAGUCGGUGUGCAGCGUGGAGUGCGAGCUCGGACAAGCCAAGCAGUACGUGGAGGGUGAGAGCUGCUGCUGGCACUGCUUCAACUGCACGCAGUACGAGGUCCGGUCGCCGAGCUCGGAGACGGCGUGCGUGGAGUGCGCGCUGGGCACGCUGCCGGACCCGCGCCGGACGCGGUGCGCGCCCGUGCCGGAGCUCUAUCUGCGACCCGACUCUGCUGCUGCUGUCGCCGCUAUGACUUUCUCUUCCCUUGGAAUCAUCCUCACAGUGUUCGUGGUGUGCGUGUGGGCGGCGCGCGGCUCCACGCCAGUGGUGCGCGCGAGCGGCCGGGAGCUGUCGCUGGUGCUGCUCGCGGGGAUCCUCAUGUGCUACCUCGUCACCUUCGCACUCGUCUUCAGACCAACAGAUGUUCUCUGCGCUCUUCAGCGUUUCGGCACCGGGUUCUGCUUCACGGUGGUGUAUGCGGCGCUGCUCACAAAGACCAACCGCAUCGCUCGUAUCUUCGCGGCUAGCAAGCACUCCGCGCGCCGACCCUCGCUCAUCUCGCCCAAGUCGCAGCUGCUCAUUUGUUCUGCCCUCGUAUCUGUCCAGGUGGUGAUAGUGGUGGUGUGGCAGAUAGUGUCACCGGCGCGCGCCAUACAUCACUACCCGACGCGCGAAGACAACAUGCUGGUCUGCGACUCGUACGUGGAUGCGUCCUACACCAUCGCCUUCUUCUACCCCGUGGUGCUCAUCUUGGUGUGUACAGUAUACGCCGUUCUGACGCGCAAGAUACCAGAAGCCUUCAACGAAAGCAAACACAUAGGGUUCACCAUGUACACGACGUGCGUGAUCUGGCUGGCGUUCGUGCCGCUGUACUUCGGGACGGCGAGCCACGUGCCCCUGCGCGUCACCAGCAUGGCCAUCACGAUAUCGCUCAGCGCCAGCGUCACGCUCGUCUGCCUGUUCUCGCCGAAGGUGUAUAUAAUCCUGGUGCGUCCGGAACGAAACGUGCGUGCGAGCCUGAUGCCGACGCGAUGGAGGGGAGGAGUGAGGGGUGGCGCGGCGGGAGGGGCGGUGUGCGCGGCGCUGGUCGGCACCGCUCCCCUCCCUCGCGCACCCGACCUUACACCCUCCACCGACCUUUCUACCUUGAACGAACCUGAGCGCUCGUCAACGGAUCGUCAAGUGCAGACGGAGGAGGAGUCGGAGCUGUACCCGCGGCUGCGUCGCGCGGUGGAAGAGAACGGCGUUCGGCUGGACGCGCGGCAACUAGAGGCGCUGCGGGCCGGGCUGCCGGCGUUCGGUGCUGGAGGUUCGGCGCCGCCCUCGGCCGAGCUGGCCGUGGCGGUGCUCGGCGCGGACAUGCCCUUAUAGCGCGCGGGGCCCGCUCGCGGCAAGCUGCGCCGCGUGCCCGUGCUAGUCUGACCGGUGCCGUGCCGCUUGUGCUCACACGGGACGCGAACUAAUUAUAUCGGAAC